AUGCUGGACACCAUCAGCAGCCAGUAUGACUCCUUCAUCUACCUGAGGGUGGCCGACCAAGGGCUGGGCAGGCUCGCCGGCGAGCGGGAUCGGGAUCGGGCCAGCCAGGACAUCUCCGACGAAGAGGACAGUCUGCUGCAGUUCAACAGCUUUAAUUUCUGGAGAGCUCCUAUCGCCAGCAUUAGCUCGUUAGAUUUCGAUCUAAUUUGA